UGUUAGUUUGCUGAAGCUCAGUAUCAGGAGCAACUCUGCAUGGAAACACAUUAAAAUCAAGAGGACUUCCACAAACACACGAUCUGCUGAUGUGGAGACGAUGAGAGAUCAUCACAUUCAGAGUCUGGAACAGGAAGUGCGACGACUUCAGUGUCUGCUGCAGGAAGUCCAGGAGCGAGCAGCCAAUCACGUCGCUCUGCUGCAACAGCAACUGGCCAGUAAAUCACAGCAUAUAGAGAGACUUCAGGCCGUGUUACAGUCGCAGCAGGACUAUGAGAAGAUCAAGACUGAGCUCAGGACUCUUCGAGUGCUGGUGCAAACCAGAGACGAAGCUUCGGUGUUUUCUCCUUCGUCUGAUGUCAGGAGCGUCUCUGUUGAUAACGAUCCUGUGAUCCAGAAAGAAAGGCCAGAGUCUCAUCACUGCACAGAAGAAGAAGCCCUGAAUGAAUCUUCCUCUUUCAUCUCUGGGUCACCAGCAUCAUCUUCAUCGUCUCUGAGUGUCCAGAGCUUCAUUAAAGAGGAGCCUGACUCUGGUGAUGAUGAGCAGGAGCUCGACACGGCUCGAUUAGCUCUGCAGGUCAAAGAGGCUCUUCAGCGGCUGAACAUCGGCCAGCGAGUGUUCGGUCACUAUGUGCUCGGUCUCUCUCAGGGAACCGUCAGUGAUAUACUGGCCCGACCCAAACCCUGGAGCAAACUGACCAACAGAGGAAGAGAACCCUUCCUGAGAAUGAAGCACUUCCUGUCAGACCAGCACAGCAUCCGAACACUCAGUGACAUCCAGGAGAGACUGAGAGGGGUGUUCGUGCCGUGGGUCGGUCCAGACAGGAGAUCAGAGGAUGACGUGAUCAGGAACAUUCAGGAUCAGAGCCGUCUGGAGAUGCAUGAUGAUGAUGAUGAUGAUGAAGGCAGCAGAUGUCCCCGCGAUGGAGACGCAUCACAUGACAUCAUCAGGAACAUCCUGCAGCAGGCCAAACAUGAGACUCAGACGUCUGCGAUGAACCGCGCACCUGUCCAGCAGGAAGAGGGGGAUUAUGGGACACUGGAGCCCAGCAUUCAGUCCCUGGCGGAUUUCGUCCAAAGCAUCAUCCAGAAGGUCAAAUGUGAAAUAAAUGAAGAUGCCGAGCCCUCUGUGAGCCGCUCGUUCCAGACGCUUCCAGCAGACCCGGAUCAGAGAGCGCAGGGGUUUAAGACGGAGACGCGUCCGAGACCUCGCUCCUGUGACACCAGCAGCAGCUGUGAGCUUCAGUGUCUGCAUCUGGACACCUUCAGCAUCACACAGAGAGUCAAAGAAACGCUCACCCUCAACAACAUAGGUCAGCGAGUGUUUGGUGAAGAGGUUUUGGGUUUAACUCAAAGCUCUGUGUCUGAACUGCUGUCGCACCCCAAACCCUGGACUAAACUCAGUCUGAAGGGAAAAGAGAACUUCAUUCGGAUGCAUCUGUGGCUCCAAGACCCUCAAAACAUCCAGAAGCUCAACGCUAUGAAGAAGAGGGACCACAAAGAGUGA